AUGGAGCGCACCAUGCUCGGCAUCGAACUUCAAGACCGCGUGAUGUAUGUCGAGAUCGAGGUCGAGGUGGACCAAAAUGUUAACGGAAUGGUGGCUGCUUACAGACGAAAGGAGUGCCUGGCGUCCGUUGGCUCGUUGAGUGGGCGACAUUCGGAAGAUUGCGGGUCACUUGUGGAUGAGAUUGGCUCAGGAGCUCAGGACCGGGAGGAACCCGCGAUUUGGUUCUCGCAGGUUGAGGGUCAGUUCGACAUAGCCGGCAUCACCAAUGACCUGACAAAGUUCCAUUAUGUCGUCAGUCAGUUAGAUCGACAGUUCGCAAAGGAGGUCAGGGAUAUUAUCACCAAUCCACCGGCAUCUGACAAAUAUGCUAAGCUGAAGAGCGAACUCAUCAGUCGCCUGAGCGAUACCACCGAGCGACAGAUCCAGCAACUCCUGCAUCAUGAAGAGCUGGGAGACCGUAAGCCGUCUCAGUUCCUGCGUCACCUCCAGGCUUUGGCAGCUAAGCGUAUAUCGGACGACGUUUUACGCAUGAUGUGGACCAACAGAUUACCCGCGAGCAUCCAAACUGUCCUCGCAGGGCAUCCAGAUGCUUCAUUGGACAUUAUCGCAGACCUUGCUGACAGGGUCCACGACAUCGGCCCACGCUGCGCUUGUUCGUCACACGUCGCUUCUGCAGGCUCCGAGCAACCUGGCUCCAGUACUGACGCCUUGGCAAGGGAGAUAGCUGCGCUUAAGAGAGAGGUUCGUGCCUUGAAGAUGGACCGUGAAGGAGGAAGAUCCCGCUCAAGGAAUCCCAGCCGCUCCAGAAGGCAGAGUCGUUCCAGCACCAGGUCCCAGUCCAGUUAUAGGAAAUUCCCCAUCUGCUGGUACCAUUCAAGACAUGGCGAGAAUGCUAGCAAGUGCGUACAACCCUGCGAUUACAAGAAGUCGGGAAAUGCCAUGGGCAGUCGGUAA